GAGAAUCUCUGCCUUCAAAGGGCCGGCCGGCGCGCACGCGCAGUGGCCGGCCGCCCUCCCAUGCUCUGUGUUUACAUUCGAGGGCUGCCCGGGCGGGCGAGGGGGCGAUACUUCCGGCCCUCAGGUGGCCGCGUGCCUUUCCGUUGACGUCUGAGGGUUUUUGGUAUCGGUCAUGUGACAGUCGGGGUCGCCAUGUCUGCUCUGUGUCCUCCUCCUUCUCCUGCUGUUGCCAAGACUGAGAUUGCCUUGAGUGGAGAGUCCCCAUUGCUGGCUGCUACUUUUGCCUACUGGGACAAUAUUCUUGGUCCCAGGGUCAGGCACAUCUGGGCCCCCAAAACAGACCAGCAGCUUCUCAGUGAUGGAGAAAUAACAUUUCUUGCAAACCAUACUCUGAAUGGGGAAAUACUUCGUAAUGCAGAAAGUGGCGCAAUAGACGUGAAGUUUUUUGUUUUGGCUGAGAAAGGAGUCAUUAUCGUGUCCUUAAUUUUUGAUGGGAAUUGGAACGGGGACAGAAGUACGUAUGGACUAUCGAUAAUCCUUCCGCAAAGUGAGCUUGGCUUCUACCUUCCCCUUCACAGAGUAUGUGUCGAUAGGCUGACACAUAUUAUAAGAAAAGGACGGAUAUGGAUGCAUAAGGAAAGGCAAGAACACAUUCAGAAGGCUGUCCUGGAGGGCACAGAGAGAAUGGAAGACCAGGGCCAGAGCAUCAUUCCAAUGCUGACAGGGGAAGUUAUUCCUGUAAUGGAGCUCCUUUCAUCUAUGAAAUCACACAGCGUGCCAGAAGAAAUAGAUAUAAGUGACACGGUGCUUAGCGAUGAUGACAUUGGAGACAGCUGUCACGAAGGUUUCCUUCUUAAAGCCAUCAGUUCACACUUGCAGACCUGUGGCUGCUCGGUAGUUAUAGGAAGCAGUGCAGAAAAAGUUAAUAAAAUUGUACGGACGCUGUGCCUCUUUCUUACUUCAGCAGAGCGAAAGUGUUCUAGGCUGUGUAGAAAUGAAACUUCCUUUAAGUAUGAAUCGGGGCUUUUUGUGCAAGGAUUACUGAAGGAUGGCACUGGAAGUUUUACGCUGCCUUUCCGUCAAGUGAUGUAUGCUCCGUAUCCUACCACACACAUUGAUGUAGAUAUCAACACCGUGAAACAGAUGCCUCCUUGCCACGAACAUAUCUAUAACCAGCGGCGGUACAUGAGAUCCGAGCUAACAGCUUUCUGGAGAGCCACUUCAGAUGAAGAGAUGGCUCAGGAUACCAUUAUCCAUACGGACGAGAGCUUCACCCCUGAUCUAUCACAUAUAAGAACAGUGGGACUUCUGUGUUUUCGAAUGCUGAACGUUUUCCAAGAUGUCCUUCACCAAGACACUUUAGUAAAAGCCUUUCUGGAUCAGGUCUUUCAUUUGAAACCUGGAUUGUCCCUGAGGCGUGUGUUCCUCGCACAGUUCUUGUUAAUCCUUCACCGAAAAGCCUUAACCCUAAUCAAAUAUAUAGAAGACGAUACGCAAAAAGGCAAGAAGCCUUUUAAAUCGCUCCGUAGCUUGAAGAUAGACCUGGACUUGAGGGCAGAGGGUGACCUUAACAUAAUAAUGGCCUUAGCUGAGAAGAUCAAGCCGGGAUUGCAUUCAUUUCUGUUUGGCCGCUCAUUCUACACUAGCGUGCAAGAGCACGACGUUCUAAUGACGUUUUAAAGGUUUAUUUAUUUUUAUGUGGGUUGGUAUCUCUUCACAAUGCUUCUCAAAGGUAUUGUUUAAAGGGAAUAUAGCAUUUCUCUUCACAAACACUUGUUGUGGUCCGGUGCAACAGAAGGUGCGGUUUACACUACAACAGUCUUCUUCCCCAGCCCAGUGCCGUCCAUCUGUUGUUGCUGGACUCAAACUACCAGCAGUCCCACCCAACAUGGCCUGUGGCCAGGGAUGAUGGGAGUUGUAGUCUGCCAAUGUUUGGAGGGUAUCACUGCGGGGAAGGCUGCAGGAAAAGUCAGAGAGGGUGCUGUUUAGACCUGCGCAGCCCAGGUAGGGUGAGGUUUCUCACUUGCCUUCUGAGCACCAAGUGCCACUGCUGAUUCCUGAGAGGGGAAGGAAGAAGGCGCAGGAAGCUCAGUGUGGUUUGGGUUUGGUAGUAGGAGUGUUGGGUUGGCUUUUCCACCAUGCCACUUUGCUCCCUGUGCCUCUCCCUCUCGGGAGCUGGCGACAACAUUCUGUGUUUGGAAAGCAGGAGAACAACCCUUUGCCACCCUACCAGUUGCUACUGGAAUCGAGUCAGUUCAACUUAGGCAUGCACCAGAUGUUCCAUUUUGAUUACAGGGAGAGUAAACAUUGGUGUGGUUUGUUUAAAGGUUAACUUAAUGGCAUUUUCGAAACCACAAAGUUGAGGACAACUUUUAAUGGGUUUUUUAAGAGGAUAUUGGUUUAUAAUUUUUCUUUGUGUGUGUGGUAUUGGGAGACAUGUUCCAUUUCCUCCUUUCCGUUCAGGGACUGUUGAUUGCAAAACAAAUGGUCAAACGUAAUUUUAGGACUAUCGCUUCCAGUGUGUUUGGUAAUAGGAACGGUGCCACCUGCUUUUUCUCCCUGCCCCCCCUUUACAUAUCCUUCAAAAGCCAGCAGAAACUU